GCCCGCUCCCGCGGCCCGCGCUCGCCAUGGAGCCCGGCCGCGGCGGCACCGAGACCGUGGGCAGGUUCGAGUUCUCCCGCAAGGACCUGAUCGGCCAUGGCGCCUUCGCGGUGGUCUUCAAGGGCCGCCACCGCGAGAAGCACGACCUGGAGGUCGCAGUCAAGUGCAUUAACAAGAAGAAUCUGGCCAAGUCCCAGACACUGCUGGGGAAGGAAAUAAAAAUACUCAAGGAACUGAAGCACGAGAACAUUGUGGCCUUGUACGACUUCCAGGAGAUGGCUAAUUCCGUCUACCUGGUCAUGGAGUACUGUAAUGGUGGGGACCUGGCUGACUACCUGCACACCAUGCGGACCCUGAGCGAAGACACCAUCAGGCUCUUCCUGCAGCAGAUUGCAGGUGCCAUGCGGCUGCUGCACAGCAAGGGCAUCAUCCACCGUGACCUCAAGCCCCAGAACAUCCUGCUGUCCAACCCUGGGGGACGCCGUGCGAACCCCAAUCACAUCCGCGUCAAGAUCGCUGACUUUGGGUUCGCCCGGUAUCUCCAAAGCAACAUGAUGGCAGCCACGCUCUGCGGCUCUCCCAUGUACAUGGCCCCUGAAGUCAUCAUGUCCCAGCACUAUGAUGGGAAGGCAGACCUGUGGAGCAUCGGCACCAUCGUGUACCAGUGCCUGACGGGCAAGGCUCCUUUCCAGGCCAGCAGCCCUCAGGACCUGCGCCUGUUCUACGAGAAGAACAAGACUCUUGUGCCCGUCAUCCCCCGGGAGACGUCGGCACCCCUGCGGCAGCUGCUCCUGGCUCUGCUGCAGCGCAACCACAAAGACCGCAUGGACUUCGAGGAAUUUUUUCGUCACCCUUUCUUGGACGCCAGUGCCUCCAUUAAGAAGUCCCCGCCGGUGCCUGUGCCCUCRUACCCGAGCUCAGGGUCUGGCAGCAGCUCCAGCAGUAGCUCCACUUCUCAUCUUGCCUCCCCUCCGUCCCUAGGGGAGAUGCCCCACAUGCAGAAGACGCUCACCUCCCCAGCGGACACAGCCGGCUUCCUGCACGGCUCCCGGGACUCUGCUGGCAGCAGCAAGGACUCCUGUGACACAGAUGACUUUGUCAUGGUCCCAGCUCAGUUUCCAGGGGACCUGGUGGCUGAGGUGGCCUGUGCCAAGCCCCCGCCGGACAGUCUGCUGUGUAGCGGGAGCUCCCUGGUGGCCUCUGCCGGCCUGGAGAGCCACGGCCGGACCCCAUCUCCUUCUCCCUCUCCCACCUGCAGCAGCUCUCCCAGCCCCUCUGGCCGGGCUGGCCCGUUCUCUAGCAGUCGGUGUGGAGCCUCGGUUCCCAUCCCGGUCCCCACCCAGGUGCACAACUACCAGCGCAUUGAGCAGAAUCUGCACUCUCCAGCUCUGCCCCAGACGCCCCGGUCCUCUGCCAUCCGCAGGUCGGGCAGCACCAGCCCCCUGGGUUUUGCCCGAGCUAGCCCAUCUCCUCCAUCCCACCCUGAUGGAGCUGUCCUGGCCAGGAAGCUGUCCCUGGGUGGAGGCCGGCCGUACAUGCCAUCUCCUCAAGUUGGAACCAUUCCUGAGCGGCCAGGCUGGAGCAAGGCACCCUCCCCACAGGGAGCUGAGAUGCGGGCUGGAAGGUCCCCGCGUCCAGGCUCCUCUGUGCCCGAACACUCCCCUCGGGCCCCAGGUCUUGGCUGCCGUCUGCACAGCGCCCCCAACCUGUCCGACUUGCACGUUGUUCGGCCCAAGCUCCCCAAGCCCCCUACAGACCCCCUGGGAGCAGCUUUCAGCCCACCACAGGCCAGCCCUCCCCAACCAGUUCCUGUGCCACAGCCCUGCCGGUCCCUGCGUGGCUCGCCCAAGCUGCCUGACUUCCUGCAGCGCAACCCCCUGCCUCCCAUCCUGGGCUCUCCCACCAAGGCCCUGCCCUCCUUCGACUUCCCUAAGGCCCCCAGCUCCCAGAACCUGCUGGCUCUCCUGGCCCGGCAGGGCGUGGUGAUGACCCCCCCACGGAAUCGGACACUGCCCGAUCUCUCAGAGGUGGGGCCCUUUCAGGGGCAGCAGCUGGGCUCUGGCCUGCGGCCUGCUGAGGACAACAGGGGCCCCUUUGGCCGGUCCUUCAGCACCAGCCGCCUCACCGACCUGCUGCUCAAGGCUGCGUUUGGGACCCAGGCCUCCGACUCUGGCAGCACAGACAGCCUGCAGGAGAAGCCCAUGGAGAUUGCACCCUCUGCUGGCUUCGGAGGGAACCUGCACCCAGGAGCCCGGGCUGGGGGAGCCAGCAGCCCCUCCCCAGUGGUCUUCACUGUGGGUUCUCCCCCCAGUGGGACCACACCGCCCCAGGGACCCCGCACCAGGAUGUUCUCAGUGGGCUCUGCUGGCUCCUCUGCCCGUCACCUGCUGCCUGGGGCCUGCAGUGAGCCUGUCCCUGAGCUCCCUGCCCCAGGCCAUUGCUGCAGCUUUGCUGACCCCCUCUCUGUCAACCUGGAUGGGGCUGUGACCUUUGAGGCCCCUGAUCUCCCAGAGGAGACGCUCAUGGAGCAGGAGCAUACAGAGAUCCUGCACAGCCUGCGCUUCACACUUGCCUUCGUCCAGCUUGUCCUGGAAAUCGCUGCCCUCAAGGGCAGUGCCAGCGAGGGGGCCGGGGGACCUGAGUGCCAGCUUCAGGAGAGCAUAGUGGCCGACCAGAUCAGCCUGCUGAGCCGCGAGUGGGGCUUCGCAGAGCAGCUGGUGCUGUACUUGAAGGUGGCUGAGCUCCUGUCCUCGGGCCUGCAGACCGCCAUUGACCAGAUCCGGGCCGGCAAGCUCUGCCUCUCAUCUACCGUGAAGCAGGUGGUCCGCAGGCUCAACGAACUGUACAAGGCCAGCGUGGUGUCCUGUCAGGGCCUGAGCCUGCGACUACAACGCUUCUUUCUGGACAAGCAGCGGCUGCUGGACGGCAUCCAUGGUGUCACCGCUGAGAGRCUCAUCCUCAGUCACGCUGUGCAGAUGGUGCAGUCGGCCGCCCUGGAUGAGAUGUUCCAGCACCGGGAGGGCUGUGUGCCGCGCUACCACAAGGCGUUGCUGCUGCUGGAGGGACUGCAGCGCAUGCUCAGGGACCAGGCAGACAUUGAGAGCGUGGCCAAGUGCAAGCUGUGCAUCGAGAGAAGGCUCUCUGCCUUGUUAACUGGCAUCUGCGCUUGACCCACUGCCUGGUGUGCUGUCCCGAGGGGCUGGACCCUCUCUGCGAACCCUGCGGGGUGGGGUCCACGUGCUGGCCAGACUGUCAGGACAGGCCUGCCAGCCGUGGCUGAUGGUGCUGAGUCUGUGCGCCGGCCCCUGGGAGGGCCACUAGGUGGAGCCAUGGAGUUCAAGCCCCACCAUGUGGUGUGUCUCCUGCUUCAGAGGCUGCUGGUCUUUCCUGGAGGUGAACCGCAGGGUGCCAGGGACAGCUCCCUCCCUCUGCAGGAUUUCCAAACUGGUUCCCUGUGGCUGCCUCCCGUGGCAGGCACAGGCGCCGAGUGGUAGCAGGUGGUGUUUGUGGUACCUGCCACCCUCCAAAGCCUGGGGCAGCCCUGAGGACAGGCGGGGCCCUGAGACAGCAUUGCUGUGUCCAUGCCAAAGCAAGCUCUUCCUCAGGGCUCACUGCCCAGUCGCUUGCCCAGGAACAAGGAUGCAUCCUUGGUUCUCCGCCCUUCUCUAUAGGAACUGUCCCUCUGAGACCACCCACCCAGCUCUGUGGGCCACCUGUGCACUUUAUGCUGACCGCCUGGAGAGCUGCGUGGACGGUGCAGACUGCAAGAACCCUUUCCUGCUCUGUGGGGAGCAUGUGGAUGCGCAUGGAUACCCGGGAGCUGUGGAUACGCACAUAGGUGUAUACACACGAGGAGACCCGCCAGUGUGUGUGUGCACGGCCUCCCCAGCCCUUGGUGUGGUCCUGGGAGGAACUGCUGCCCUGCAGGAGACGCUGUCCGUGGGCUGAAAGGCUCUUAGGGACAGUGUGAAGCACCGAGUUUCCCAAACGCAGAACAGAUGUCCUCUUUCACACUUUACUCCUAAAAUGUGUCUUAUUUUUCUGCAGUUCUUUCUUUUUCRUUGUUCAAAGGAGAGAAUUUUAGGUGUUUGAGGAAUUGCUCUGGAAGGUUGGGUGGGCCUGAACWUUGCUGUGGGUGCCACGUCGUGGGGGGCAGGAGGUGCCUGACGGGUGCCAGGGUAUGGCACGGCUCUCUUGCCGGACACCCACUGCAGUAUGGGUGUUUCUGGCUGGCUGCUUCCCACCGUCCUGCUAUUUGGCCACAGGAUAGGCAGUGCUCAGCCUCCAUCCCCACCUGAACAUGGUGGGCAGGGGAGGGUGGACCUUCUGUACAACAGGAAAAGUAACAUGCAGAACCUCCCCGGGGCUUCACAGCUGGUCCUGAUGUCAAGGCUUCUUGCCUGGCGGCUUCUGGGCUGGGUGGAGCCCUGUCUCCCAGGGCCCAGGGUGGGGUGUGCUCAGGGUGCCCUGCCUGGGCCUCCCUGGUCUGCCCACCCUGGCUUGGCUCAGCUUUGCCAGCCUUACUUGAAUGUAUCCCUGAGCAUCCACGGAGGCAGAUGUGGGUCAGUGGUGCCCACGGUAUAGGUUCAGAGGUCAUGUGCCACAUGCACAGAAACRUGUGGUUUUCCUUGCAAUACUUGAAAUGUCGCCACUGUGCUUGGAUGUAUGAGAAAACCCCCACCCCUGUCUCCCUCGUCGCCCCGGCUUCCCUUCUGCAUGUCCCGUGUUAGUAUUUAUUGUUUUAUGCCGACGGGAACCCAGAGCCGCGGCAGACGGGUGCCGCGCCCUGCCUGCUUGGCCCCUCCUGGUGCCCACGGCUGUGGCUGCGUGUGCUGUGAGUGGAUGCUGCCCUCCACGAGGUGGUGCUCAGGCCUGUGUCUUAUUAGGGUGAAUGUGUGAGUCCUCCCCUCACCUGUGUCGUGUGCCUCGAGGGAAGUAAACUUUGGAAUUACCCAUCGUGUCUAUGUCCUAUUUGGUAUGCCACUGUCUUCCAAGUCCAGUUGUCUUCUCAGGUGUGGGGUCCCUCUGUGGAGCAUGGUGUCCCCCAGCCCAAGUGAGGAUUCUGGGGCCUCCCACGGUCCCCACGGCAGCUCACCUAGCUCUGGGAGCAAAGCCCAAUCAGAGCCAGACCCAGGGACAGCUUUCUGGAUUCAUGCCAUAUUUUGCCCUCCUAAUGGAAACAGCCCCCCAGGCUGAGGGGAGUAGUGGGGCCCAGGGCAUCCACUGGCUUGACUCCUCUGGGAGGUGGACCAGGACGGUGUCCAGGGUCAGGUGGAACCCCUGUUGUACACAGGAGCUGCCAUAGCCCUCGACACUGCCAGGACCCCUGCACACUGUGAGAACCUUCAGGGCACUUGGCCACAGAGCCCCAGCCAGUCCUUUUUAAUUUUGAGGCAGAGUCUCACUACGUUGCCCUGACAACUGGUCCUCCUGCCUCAGCCUCCAGGUAGCUGGGGUUACAGUUGUGGCUCCUUUGCCCUUUCUCUUUUCAUUUAUUUUGAGAGAGGGUCUCAUGGCAUUGUUGAGGCUGCCCUGGAAACUGAUCCUCCUGCCUCAGCUCCUUUGCUCAUUUUAGUGGGCUAAUUCUGCCCUUUUAUUGUGGGAUCCUAAGGUUAGUGUUUUUGCUCAGGAAGUCCAGGUUUUCAGUUCUACAGGUACCCCAGUAACAGAUGCACUAACGUAGGCCCCUCUUCAACUCUGUAAGUGCCCGUGUCUGGAGUGGAGAGGCCAACAGCCAACCUGUGCUGUGUUCAUAAGGAAAGUAACUGCAGUAUUAAAUGGAAUUCUUUGGAAGGCUGCAUCUUGGAGGAAGUAGGAGGUGCAGAUCUUGGAAGUCUGAGGAGAAGAGUCUGAGGGUCCGUCUGGGGAGCCCUGGAGACCUGAAGCACACACAGGUGCUUGGCAGCUGGGAAGAAACUUCCCUGGGCGGGGUAGGCGGGGCGGGCUGGGGCCCUGCUCCUGUGAGGGACGUGCCCGCUGGUGUCAGGGCCCUGGUGUUCUGGGUUCACACUUGAGCAGUUGUAGGUUUGCAGUAAGCAGGGAGGCCCACAGAGUGGAUUGCUGUCUCUGCGCCCUGGCGUCCUGUGCUGAGGAGCCAUGGUCCUGGGAGGUGCUGUUGAAGCCACCAGACAGGGUGUUGGCUCAUUUUGGGGUGGGGGUGUGUGUGUGCACAACCUGUGGGUCUUGACGAAUGUGUGGUCAUGUGCACCAUCCCAUCACACAGAAUGGCUCACUGCCCUGUGCCCACCUGCUCCUCUGCCUGAGCCCGGGAGCUACUGAGGACUCCCCAUGUCUAUGGCUUGUCCUUUUCUUGAAGGCACCCUGAGUUCCCCAGCCUGGGCAGGCGUUGUGCACUGGAGCCUGAGGGGAAGAGGUGGCCCAGGAGGCCGGCCUGUGCACUGGGGCCCAGGGUGAGUGCUCUUAGCCAGGAGGGUGUACGGUCCCUGCUCUAGCACAGAAGCAGUACACCCUGUGCCUCUAUCCCCUCUCAUGGGCCUCAGUUUGCCCUCCACAGACAGGUUCAAGUUGAGGUGAUACCAUCAUCUGUUAAGGAGGGAGCAGGUGUGGCCAGCACAGAGUAUUGUGGGGGACAGGAGUACAUCAGAGGCAAAGACUGGAGCACCUUGCUUGGACCUGGCUGCUGGCUGCUGGCUGCUGACUGCUGCGACUGGUCAGGAGACUUAGUGUGUUGAGGGGCUGGCUGGGGUGGAGACUGACCUCCCAGGGCACAGCACAGCACCUCAGGCUGGGUUGUGUUCUGCUGGCUGCAGGGGGACACCGUGGCCCCAGCAGACGCAGAACUGCCCAGCUGUGCGCUCCCACCAGGAGAGGUGUGUCUCGCAGAUGCCUCAAGCUGCAAAGGCACAGAGAGCUGCUCUGGGAAGGGAUCCCGGCUCCUCUGUGACGGGACAGGUGCUCUUGUGUGCCUAUGCUUGGGACCCUUCCCUCCUAGAAUAAUGGCAGGUGAGAUGGCCUGGGAGUUGUCAUGCACGGUGGGUCACUUUCUCCUGUUCCCCUUCUGGCCACCAGCCUCACCCACUCCACAUAGUCCGUGAAUGGUCCCAGAAAGGGGCAUCUAUUGGGCCUUCUGGUCUCCUGGUUUCUCAGCACCAAAGCCACAACCUUCUGUGUCCACAAGGUCCCAGACUCUGGCCUUAUUUCCUGUGGCUUUCUCCUUCAGCAGGCACCCUACAGGCUCUAGGUGGAUGCCCCUGGCCCUAAAGCCUCCACCUUUAGGAGGGAGCAAGCCCUUCUUGGGGCCCUCCUGGCAUGCUCCUGCCCCGGGGCUUUGCACUCUGGAUGGAACAUACUUGCCCUGUGUACCUACAGGGCUUCUUCCUGCCCCAAAUUAAAGCAUGUGGUCAGCUGAGUCAAGGUCCCCUGUGGUGUGCAGGCCCCGAUUUCUGGGAAACUGGGAGCAUGUUGUAGCUGGUAGGAAGGACUUGGCAGAUGUGAUUCAUCUUAGGAUCCUGAGUAGGGGAGAGGGAGAGGGUCCUGGAUCAUCUGGGAGGGAGCCUUUGUGAGGGCAAGUGGGAAAGCGGAGUUGGGAGUCAGCAAGGGUGGGGCAGAGUUCAGCUACACUUCUCAUCUCUGAAAGAGUCAAAAGGAAUGCAGGCUGAGGGUGCUCAGGGUGAAUGUGGUAUUCAGAAAACAGGGGGACUGACCUUUACAUUGUCUGCUGUGGGUGCUUGACCAGGGACCAUGUUGACUCUGGAAAAUUGUACACUAGUCUUUGGCAAAAAAACAAGAACAAUGUAAUGAGCUUUCCAUGACAUUAAACAUUCUCCAUUUAAAGGAAAUGAAAGUGGCAGCAUUUAAAAAAUGUCAUCCUUGCUUGAACAAAUAAAAGGUUGGCAAGAGGCAUAAGUAGUCAGUGUUAGGAGCAGACAUGCAGCUGGGGCCUUGGGGUGUAGCCCAGUGGUGGAAAGCUUGCCUGUUACGCGUGAGGACCUGGCUUCGGUGCCCCUAACACUGCAAAUAAAAUACAGUAGAGGUGAAAGCUGGGUCUGAAUGCCAAACAAGCCCCUUCAGUGCCCUGUGCCUCAUCCUCCCCCACUGUAAUGUGGAGAAACAGCACAGCCUUAUCCAUGGUUCCACAAGGACUGAUCCAGCUAGCGUGACACCGAUUGGAAUUGUGCCUGGCAACGGCAAGUGCUGUAUCAAUACCCACAAUAAGCCAGGAAUCCUGGGCCCCAUGCUGUCUGCACCCUGCCAAGCCAGUGGGUGGAAAAUGCAAGGACCCGCGGUGCAUUGUCAGUGCCAGGGGUGCGGCUGUGCGACCUCGGACAUGGGAUGUACCUCUCUGUUCCAAGGAUCCUCUUCAGUGACUAUGGUGCUUGCCACUCCGGCAGGGCGCAAGGAUUGGGCGAGUUAAUGAAUGUGUCAGCGGGUAUGAUCACUUGUUUAUUCUAGGAAUUCUCACAGUGGCUCAUUCAUACCCUUACCCUAACCCUAACAAAAUGGAUUCCCUUUUGGGAUACUGCAGGG